UCCCCGGUUCAUUCUAAUGGAACUCCCUCAAUGCUCGGGAAAUCAAGAAUGACGCUUGAAAAAACCUCUAGUUUUGACUGGCAUUGAACCUUCAUAUAAAUAUAGCAAGCAGACAAUAUACAAGGAAUUUAGUUCAUCAUCAAGCCACAUAUUUCCUGCUGUUCAAAGGUCAUGCAUAGGGUGUUUAAGAAUGUCGCAACGAAUUAACGAUGUUGUGCGGCUGUGUUGCGAGUUAUCUGCAAACCAACAGAUAAAGACCACAGUGAAGGGAUCUUCCAAAGGGGCGGUGGCAGCAGGAGGACUCGCCUUUGCAGGAGGACUGGUUGGAGGCCCCCUUGGCAUCGCUGUGGGGGGUGCGGUCGGUGGCCUACUGGGAUGCUGGAUGACCAGUGGACAGUUCAAGCCGCUGCCUCAGAUCAUCAUGGAACUGACCCCGGUGCAGCAGCAGAAGCUCUACGAUGACAUCAUGGCCAUCAUGGGCGAGGUCCAGUGGACUGACAUGGCCCAGCUGACUGCCCUGGUCAUGGGCAAUGCUACCCUACAGCAGCAGGUGACCGCUGCCCUCCUGGGCUAUGUGACCAAAGAGCUCCAGGCAGAGGUGCACUAUGUAGACUGACAAGGCCUCUAUCAGAGAGCACAUCUCUUUAGGGUUUUCAAAGGAAAAUGGAAAUGAUGCUGGUAUGACAUUUUGCACAAUGUCAAAGGACAAUACAUUAUUUAUUAAAAGUGGGGCUGUACACUCAAGGAUGAAAACCUCCAUGGUCUGUGAGAAGGGAAGGAGCCACUGAUUGAAAGUGCAUGAAAUGAGUUGUGGCUAAUUAUUUCAAGGGUUUGUGUGACUAUGUAUUGACUACCUGAGCUAAAAAUUGUGUGAAAAGAAAUACAACCUUUUAAUCCUUUCAAUUCUGUACUCCUGGAUGUCAAUUAUAUACAUCUGUGAAAGCUG